GGCGGGCUCUUGGUCUAGGGGGCGUGGCUCUGGACCGGAGGCCGGGCUGUGAGCUCUCGCGAUAUUUCCUCUGAGGUCGGCCUGAGGCAGUGGCCAAGAUGUCGCUGUGUGGCCGCCGAACCGCUCACAGCAUCGACCAGCGGCGCCGCACCGGGGAUGUGCUGCUGGCCGGGCCCGAGCAGCUGGACUUCGGUGCUUUGCUUCUGACGCAGCCGGUGCUGGAGGGGCUGAGGGAGGCCGGAUUCGAGCGACCCUCCCCCAUCCAACUGAAGGCCAUCCCGCUGGGGCGGUGCGGGCUCGAUCUGAUUGUACAAGCUAAAUCUGGAACGGGGAAAACAUGUGUAUUUGCCACAAUUGCGCUGGACUCCCUCAUCCUAGAGAAUCCGGCAACACAGGUUCUCAUUCUGGCACCUACCAGGGAAAUUGCUGUACAGAUCCAUUCUGUCAUCACGGCAAUUGGCAUUAAAAUGGAGGCCCUGGAAUGUCACGUCUUCAUCGGAGGAACCCCACUGAACCUAGACAAAAUGCGGCUGAGAAAAUGCCAUGUUGCAGUUGGGUCUCCAGGUCGCAUUAAGCAGCUGAUCGAGAUCGGCUUUCUCCCAACAGCCAGUAUACGACUGUUCGUACUGGAUGAAGCAGAUAAGUUGCUGGAGGAGGGCAGCUUCCAGGAGCAGAUUAACUGGAUUUAUUCCUCAUUGCCAUCAAAUAAGCAGAUGGUGGCUUUGUCUGCCACAUACCCAGAGUCACUGGCCCAUCAUUUAACGAGGUACAUGAGGGAUCCCAGCUUCGUCCGACUCAACCCCACUGAUCCAGCACUCAUUGGGCUGAAGCAGUUCUAUAAGGUUGUAAAUUCCUACCCACUUCCACACAAGAUCUUUGAGGAGAAGAUGCAACAUUUACUGGAGUUGUUCAGCAAGAUCCCCUUCAACCAAGCCCUGGUCUUCUCUAAUCUUCACAGCAGGGCCCAACGUCUAGCAGAUAUUCUCACCUCGAAAGGACUUCCUGCGGUCUGUAUCUCAGGCAGCAUGAAUCAGAACCAGCGACUUGAAGCCAUGUCUAAACUAAAACAGUUCAAAUGUCGUGUCCUCAUUUCCACUGACCUGACUUCCAGAGGAAUUGAUGCAGAGAAAGUGAACCUAGUUGUUAACCUUGAUGUACCCCAGGACUGGGAGACAUACAUGCACCGAAUUGGAAGAGCUGGCCGCUUUGGCACUCAAGGCUUGGCUGUAACUUAUUGUUGUCGUGGUGAAGAGGAGAAUGAGUUGGAGCUAAUAGCACAACGUUGCAAUCUUCAGCUCCUGAGUUUACCUGAUCCAAUUCCACCAGGACUACUGGAAGAGCCUGUUGAUUGGGAUGUAGAAGUCAUCAAGGUACAAGAGGCUAAGAAUUCAUCCCUUGAGGCAACUUCACCGUCCGCUGAAGUUGAACCUUCAAUGGCUGCAAAGCAGCAGGGCGCAGGCCUGGAGCCACUUUCACUGCCUCCCGUCGAACUAACUGGAAAGAUGUUCACGACCAGGAAAGUUCAGAAAUUGAGGAAGGCGGCGACAGAAAAAGAGCCCCAGGAGCUUGGGGUGGAUGUUGGAAAGACGCCUGACGUUAGUAUCUGCCACGUACCCAACAAUGACAUCAAAAUGAAAGUUCAGUCGAAUCUCCAAGCUACUAUGUCCUGCGAUGGGCCCCAGUCAUCGAGUGAACAGGUCGCCAUCACAAUUCAAAGCAGGAAGGCGCUGCAAGAAUCGCUUCCAAAAAUCCCAGCCCUGCCACUGUUUAAGAAAAGUUCAAAACGUGGGAAGAGAUCAUUGAAUUUUGUGGAAAUUGUAGAAGAUUACGAGCGCUUCCUUGCUGAACGAAACAAGAAUCCAGUGGAAGUAGUUCGGCGGUGGACAGGUUUCGCUGGGAUCUUGAAGGAGAAAUCGUUGAACGAAGGCGAAGAUUCAGAGAGCCGAGAACUGAUGCUCCGCGAGCAGAACAGUAGCCUGUUUUUAAGUAAGAAAGAUAUGAUGUGUCUGCACACUUCUCAAAAAUGGGCAAAACCACCUGUGUUGGAUGGCCAAGACUCCAGCGAUUCCAGCACCAGUGCUAGCUCUUCGACACGAAGCAGGUCCAGCAGCAGGGAAUCAUCUACAGAGGCAGAGGUGCCGGUGACCACACGUGCCCAUGAUGAAGGCCUGCGGAGGAAGGACACGGGCCCUGCACUGGAGAACAUUCCCAACCAGAGUGGGAGAAGCCUUCCCGCCUUCCAGCCCCAUACCUGGCACGAGGGCUUCAAAGGCCGUGCAGCUUCUGAUUCUUUCUCCUGUGCACCUUCCAAAAGGCCGCUUGAAAAAGAUACAGGGUUAGGUCUUAAAAGCCCCUCUCUUAAAGGCUCGCCUUCUAAGGGCAGCAGGAAGAGACCCAAGGGCGAUCCCAAAUUUGGAUCAGCUGAAAGAGCCAAAGCUCCCGGUGAGCAAGAGGUGGGCAGUGAGGAUGCAUCACGCACUUACCCUGAAAGCAGACAGGUACUGCCCGCUGAACCUGAUUGUUCUGGUGAUUACUGGAAGGCUUACUAUCGUGCCUGGCGCAAUUACUACGCUACCAUUGGUUAUCCUUACUAUGGAAGUUCAAAGAGAAAUUCUGAUUGGCUGAAAGCUUACCAGAUGAACUCUGUGUAUCUGCAGGAACUGCUUAAACCAUAAAUGAUUAGCUUUUUAACAGUAAUUUACAGUAGAACAUUUUUGUACUACAGCUGAGCUAAUGCAAUAAAGAUUUCACACUUGUGA